GAUGAACAUUAAAUCCUAGUAUGAUAUAUAGCGAUUGGAGACUUUUCUAAUUCGAACUUAGAUAUUCUUCAAUUGAGAUUCCUUUAGAAAUGAGAUUUCAUCCGAGACUCGCUGAACCACGUACAAAUUCAAAAGUCCUUACGAAAACAUGUGAUAAAAUUGGAACGAUACAAAGAAAAUUAGAGCAUUCAGUGCGAAAGCACGGUGCCAGGGUAGAUGUUUCAGCUGGAAUAAGUCAAGAGAAGCAACAGAAGCUAACGAAGCUGUUAGUGAAAGUGAAUAUACAGAACAGUGUGGGGCCGGUACAUGUAGUAAUGUCGCCGGAAAACACCGUCCGGGAGUUGAUAAAGGCUGCGAUUGAGAUUUACGUGAAGGAGAAGCGGCGGCCGUUGUUGCCCAGUAGCGAUUCUCGGUGUUACGAGCUUCAUUACUCCCAGUUUAGUUUGGAGAGCUUGAAUCUAGACGAGAAGUUGCUGAAUUUGGUGUCUCGAAGUUUCUUUCUAUGUCCACAACCAAUCUGUCUUAAUUCAUCUUUGAAGAACAAAACAAAGGGCACUGAGAAACUUCCAAUUAUCUUGGGAAAGUUUAUGGAUCUCUUGAUACAAAUUGUGAUAAAUCUAAGUAGUUUUUGGUCAAAAUGUCACCUCCAAUGGCUUUAAUCAUAUAUUUGAACAAUCAAUGCUAGUGACCA